GAAUCGUAAAGAUCACGUGGGCCACUUUCACCGUUUGGGAAACUGUACUUGAAAAAGCUGUGAAGUGGUCAUUUGCUUCCAAUUUCUGACACUCAUUCGCAGACAGAUUUCAACUGUAUAUUUUAGUAUCUGCUGACUUAUGAGGGAACAUAGAUCGGGCCUACACCCGACAUUGGGUCCACAACAGAGACGGAUACGACAUAUCACUGGUAUUCUAGCUCGUAAUCUUACUUUUCAAAUAAGACCUAAUGGCAAGCAUGUCGAUACAUAUGGCUCUAUGAACUCAAAAGACGCUUCGCCUCCAAAGUUUGCUAUUGGAGACGACGACAAGACGGGUAGCCAGGCGCAUAGUUUGAACAGCAGUUCUUUCAAUACACCAUCUUCUUCUCGAAGUAGCUCUAGUGGGCAGUUGAAAGCCCCGAACUUUACAAUUGACGAUGCAGACACGUUCAAGGAGGAUCGACUGUCCAUUGUCCGCGACCGAUCGGCCACGAGUUCACCCUCUCCCCUUCCCAAAUCGCACACCGCUUCAUUGUCAUCUCCCUUGUCAUCGCGAGUAGAGGAACCUCGGCUUCCAAACCGGGCAGGAACACCAGUGUCAGUAGGCGCUAUCAACAACCUUCAUCAUCUUGAACCUCUCAAACGGGUGCAUAGUGGUUCCUCGAUUAUGUCAUUAGGGAGCACAACCGUAGAGGAUAGUAGUAUGUUACGCAGUGUCUAUCGCAACAGCCGUCAUGCAUCGGUAUCGGAUGUUGAGCGUGGACUUCUUGACUCCUAUUUCACACUGCACAUGUCCAUGAACGAUCCACCAUUUUACACCAGCGAAAUUGUGGCUAAUAGUAUUAAUCCGACUUUUCGAACGUUUGAUACCCUCGGUUUAUCCGACAUGUGCGACAAUCGAAAAAAUGAAGCUGUUAUUCGACUAUGGAGCCGUAAUUCUGUACCAGAGUCUGCAUCCAUUGCUCGGGAUAGCGAUACUCUACGACAUCAGCACGAUCAACUUACGGCUCGUCGAGAGUUAAAACAGCCAAAAGAUGCUGACAAUUUUCGUCUAAUGCUGGAAUGGGAGGUUACCCUUGACAGUCUCACAUAUUUGUGCUGUAACUUGACCAACCUGCCAAACUUCUUUCCACAAAAUUCGAUUAUCAUCGAGCUUACUGAUGGCUAUUACAGCUUACCCGAUGUAGUGAGUGAAGUACUUGGGUCGGAAAGUGAUGAUAGAACAGCCGUGGAAAAACUUCUUGCCAUCAAGCCAAAGCCAUCGUACACGUACAACCACAUUUUGAAGCUUAAUACAUUAUACGAGUGCAUUCUAGAUACCCAGAGAUCCAGUGCGGAUGUCCGAAAUAAUAUCGAAAGCGUAUUGCUGGCUGAGAAGGACAGAUUUUACAUGGCAAGGAAAAAGGGCGAGAAGGAGACUAUAGUGAAUUCAAGAAGGCGAAUAAUUGAUAAUGUGAAGCAAGAACAAAAUCAAGUAAAAUCCAAAAUCGAAUCAAUACGUAGGCAGAUUCAGGAAAGGGAACAGGCGUUAGGUAAUGCCAGAGAAAGUCUAAACACUGGUAGAGAAUAUUUGGAGGAAGGAGAGCGAAAUUUAGAACGAAACAAAGACAUGCAUAAAAAGACGGUGGCAGGACUCACAACACGACGAAAAGAGCUGAUCGCUGAUAUGUUUUCAAUAUACCCCAUUGAUCAGGAUUACAAUGAUCCACAAUUGUAUCACAUUAGAGGCAUGCCUCUGCCAAACUCUGUUUAUACUGGAUAUGACGACGAAAUUGUGGCGACAGCACUUGGGUAUACUAGCCAUCUAGUUAAUAUGUUGGCAUAUUACCUUGCCAUACCACUUAGGUAUCCUAUUACACCUAUGGGAUCCAGAGCAUCAGUCAGGGAUCCAAUAUCGAUUUUGCAAGGAUCUAGAAGUUUCCCUUUAUAUGCUAAAGGGGUAGAUCGAUAUCGAUUUGAAUAUGGUGUAUUUUUGCUAAAUAAGAACAUUGAACAGCUGGUCAAUGCCCACGGACUUAUUGUCAUGGAUCUGCGUCAUACACUUCCUAAUAUACAUUAUCUCAUCCAAGCAGUACUGACUACGUCUGUAUCAACAACUCCAUCCUCAAUAUCUGUGCUCUCAAUAUCGUCCUAUGCGAGACACCGACGAGCGAAUAUGAAUCCCAAUACUCUACAACCAGGCAGUCUCAAGCAGGAAAUUUGAAGUCGGCAGCGGUUAGCGACAUUCUUUCCUACUGGCAUUCGAUUAUACACAGACACCAGCUCAUAAUUAUUAAGCAUCAUUCAUGCCAUUCAUUUUUGCGCGCUCAUCAUGUACAAAUUCAUCGAAUAAGCCCGUUUCUUUACAUAAUAAUGGUCAACGGCAUAUGCAUUAAUUAAAUGAACUUUACGCAUGUAUAUUAUAUAUUGCACUGCU